AUGAUCCUACCUUUAACCGGUGUUUUCCUACUUAAGUUUCUUACAGCGGGAAGGGAGAGUUUUGGUGGGUAUGCAAAGCAGGCCUACAAACGCCAGUUGCUGAAGGCUGCAGUUGAAGCACCAGCCAGUUCCCGUCGGGAUACUAUGGAAGAUGAGAGAAUAUUGACAAACAGGAACAUAAUUUCACAGAAUUCUAGAGAAACACAGAGCAAUAGGAACCCUACACAGACAGUUGGUAUGAAGAAUGAGGAGUUAUCUACGCAGACUGGUGGAUAUGUACCACAAAUGGAUACACAUUCCACACAGAACACAGGGUUAAGCAGUUUAACACAGACUGAAAGAAACUUUACCCCAAGAGAUAUAGAGUACACCGGUGUAAAUGUUGAGAAGAAUGGUAUGCAGCACAGAGAAAGUUUACAUACAGAAGCCAUAAGAGAGAAGAAUGAUAAUAUUCUACAGGAAACGGCAUCAUCUGCACGACAGAAAUAUCCUAAUGAUAUGUCGGCACAUGACUUUGAAUUUAAUGGCAAGGAACAGGCAUCAUCUUCACGACAGAAAUAUCCUAAUGAUAUGUCGGCACAUGACUUUGAAUUUAAUGGCAAGCCAUUUAUGAGGAGGGUGUCUCUGGCCCAGACAUUGUCAAAAUCUAUCGUUACCUGGGAGUUUACAAGCUCGUCAUUCAAGGACACAGUUCAAUGA